AUGCUGCUCCUCCGAAGCGGCCUGACCAGGGCCCUGGCCGCGCGGAUCCGGCCGCCUCAGGUGUGCUCAUCUUUUGCUACGGGACCUCGACAAAGCGAUGGAACAUUCUAUGAAUUCCGUACCUAUUCUCUUAAGCCUUCAACGAUGAAUCAGUUUCUGGAAAAUUUUAAGAAAAACGUACAUCGCCGGACAGCUUACUCUGAAUUGGUUGGAUACUGGAGUGCAGAAUUUGGAGGCAGAGUGAAUAAAGCAUUUCAUAUUUGGAAGUAUGAUAAUUUUGCUCAUCGAACUGAAGUUCGGAAAGCGUUGGCCAAAGAUAAGGAAUGGCAAGAACAAUUCCUUAUCCCAAAUUUGGCUCUAAUGGAUAAACAGGAGAGUGAGAUUACUUAUCUGGUACCAUGGUGCAAAUUAGAAAAGCCUCCAAAAGAAGGAGUCUAUGAACUGGUUACUUUCCAGAUGAAGCCCGGUGGGCCAGCUGUAUGGGGUGACACAUUCAAAAAGGCAAUUAACGCCCAUGUCAUUCUAGGCUACUCAAAACUAAUUGGAGUUUUCCACACAGAAUAUGGAGCCCUCAACAGAGUUCACGUUCUCUGGUGGAAUGAGAGUGCGGAUAGUCGUGCAGCUGGGAGACAUAAGGCUCAUGAGGAUCCCAGAGUCGUGGCAGCUGUUCGGGAAUGUGUCCGUUACCUAGUGUCUCAGCAGAAUAUGCUUCUGAUUCCUACAUCGUUUUCACCAUUGAAAUAG